GUUUCGUUUAAUGAUAAUUUAUGAUUAAUGGAGGUGUUUGUUGAAUUAAAAUUCAAAUAUCUUGAUCAUUUGAAGUAGUGCUAUCUUUUUGACAUUGAGGUUAUUAAAAUAUGUCAUCUGUCAAAUUAGAAUUUUGUUAUGUUGUGGUGAUGUUAUCAAAAAGAAAAAUGUUAAAGGUUCUUAUUUCAACGAUGGAUUUUUAUCUCUUUCAACCUAGAAAGAAAUUUCAUGAUAUUAGAAGAAUGUUUUAAAAGAAUUAAGAAGUUUAGAACGUUAUGUUUCGCUUGCUUGCACUUUCCGUUGAAAGCACCACCACAUAUACACCAUCAUGUAUCGUAAAAGAGGCUCGUCGCUCUUCGCUCGUCGACCGGGAGUUAGCGUACAAAGUCUUAUUUUGUCCCUCUCUAAAACAUACAAUUGUCUCGCUCAGCCGGUCCAGCGACGGACGGUCGCGGGCAGUAGCAGCAGCAGAAAACGUCGUCGUCGUCGCUGCGGACGUAGUAAACUCAGCACGUCCCUCUCCCACCACACCGCUACAUCGCAUUCCACUACUACUGGAGUAAAGUUGUAGUAGUAUUUUAGUAGCGUAGUAGUGCAGUAGGUAGAACCACUGACGAAACUUGAGAGAACGACAACUUUUGAUGCCGGUUCGCGAGGUUCUCUUUUAAUCUACUUUUUACUAUUGCUACUCAAAGUGAUUAAGUUGCAAAGUGAAGCGGAUUUCCUCAUAUUUUCACAAAAUACGCAAGUUUCUGGUGUCUACUUUACAACAAAGAAAAUAUUUUGUGUUUGUCACUUUUGGAUUAGAACAGCAAAAAAAUUUCUUAUUAGAUUGUUUCAUCGUCAAACCUCAGUAAACAACGUGAAUCAGCGAAAAAGAAGAACGUUGCGUGAUUGUUAACAUAAAUAUGAUUGAAGAUGUUUGUUAUACUCAUAGUCAGGCUUGUAUUAAUAUAAAUAAUUAAUAUAAAUCAAGCAGAAAUAAACCAUGCGGGAAGAGGAGGUUCCAUCUAAUCGCGAAAUGUGAUACUGAUUAGAGGUGGUAUUAAGGGUACGAGCCGAUGAUUUCAGCGGAAGUGGACAGUCGUCUCACGUACAUGACCUAUCCAGACCCUUGGCGAGGAACGCCCAAACAACAGCCGGAAUUCCUCAGACCCCAACCAAAGCCGUUGGCGCUCAACAAAUAUAAUGGGUUGAGCGCCUCAUCAACGACGUCGGGUCCAAAUGGGACCCGGCUAAUCCACACGCAACAACGUCCCCCGACCAAAUACUCUCCGCCGGCGGCCGCUCCCGUAAAUUUAACCCAGCAUCAAAUGAAAGAAGAAAUCACUGAAGACCUCCCGCAGUACUCUCCUUAUUCAAGAACGUUUUCGACAUUCGCCAAUUACUCCCACCAGUAUCACCAUCAAAUGUAUCAGAACCACCAUUUCCACCAGCCGAUGUUCCGGCCAACGUACGUCCAAACGCAAACGAUCCCGUUAGAAAAUUAUAACAACCCUACAACACCCAUAGCCACAACGAAUUCAGGAACGUUUCUUUCACCUCCAGCAGCUUAUAGUCCACCGACGAAACUCCAACCUACCAAACUGGAAAGGAGGAUAUCGCAGAGCCGGAGCCCUCCGUCGUCGACGACGCAGCAGCAAAAUUUUAAAGUACCUUCGGGAAAAGAAGGUUCUUUGAAGCAUAGGUUACUACUAAGGCCGGAAGAGACGCAAAAAUGUGCCAUAGAUUUACACAAGUCUAUCGCGCAAGAACCACUCAGGAAGAAGUUAUCCGCGACUGCGUUAUCGCCGCCACGGUCACCAGCCUCAAAGACUGCCUUCAACAGCAGCAGCCCGGCUCUCGUCAAUUUUUCGAAAGGUUGUCUGAUCCAACUCGAAAACGGCGACUUUAAAAAGCUGGAGGACAUGAAAACUGAGGACUUUGUACAUUCGGCCGAAAUCAGUCCGGAACUUAGGUUGGCCGAUAGUACCGUUGUUAAAAUUGGAGAGAAUCCAAUUACUGGCAGUGUCGCCAUUAUCCUCACUUAUAACCAAAGACGUGCAGAGGCUGAAGUGGAAUAUCCACUAGAACAUCCAUUUUUCGUUUAUGGAAAAGGUUGGGCAUCCUGUAACCCAGACCGAACGUUAAAAACGUACAACCUAAAGGUGCAUCGUUUGCAAGUAGGAGACGUGAUAAUUUCGUUGACUCCACGAACGUCGACGUCGACGAUGGUCCCUCAAUCCACCACGUGCGCAGCCACGUACACGACAACGGCCACCACAACGGCGAUGACCGUGCGACAAGUUCAAACGGGAGGAAACGUUCAUCACCUGCAGCAACCAAAAGUUCCGACGAAUCACAGUAUCAGUCACAUAACCGGGAGACCACCAACAACAGCGGCCACAACCGGUGUUGUCCCAACUUCAGCCGAGUCUCCCGAUUCCGUGUUGUUAAUGAAAAAGAGACGGUGGUCGGCACCCGGACAAAUCGGUGAAGACGAUGAAGAUGAGGGUACCGUCACAGCAUCUAGGAAGACGGUAAAAGUUGAAUAACAUCGGUCAGACGGCAGGGGCCUCCUCGUGUAGAUAUAAUAGUUAUUAUCGUUAACGCUAUUUGUAGAUAGUUGUACGAAACAAAUCGGUAGAAGACGAGAACAA